GGACGUUUUUGCACCGCGACGAACCGGCCGGCGCCGGCAAGUCUGUGCUGUGACGGCAGCGAGCUGAUGUUGAGAAAAUGGCUUAAAGUGGAAUAUGCGAGACUGCGAAGGCGCAGGCUUCGACGGCUGCGGAAGCUUGCGGCAGCUGAAGAAGUUAGAUGAAGAUAGUUUAACCAAACAGCCUGAAGAAGUGUUUGAUGUACUGGAGAAGCUUGGAGAAGGCUCCUAUGGCAGUGUGUUCAAAGCCAUUCAUAAAGAAACGGGUCAAGUUGUUGCAAUUAAACAAGUUCCUGUGGAAUCUGACCUGCAAGAGAUUAUAAAGGAGAUAUCCAUAAUGCAGCAGUGUGACAGUCCUCAUGUGGUGAAAUACUAUGGCAGCUAUUUUAAGAACACAGACCUGUGGAUAGUCAUGGAAUACUGUGGUGCUGGCUCUGUGUCCGACAUCAUUCGGUUACGAAAUAAAACUCUCUCAGAAGAGGAAAUUGCUACAAUAGUCCAAUCCACACUGAAAGGACUAGAGUACCUGCAUUUUAUGAGGAAAAUACACAGGGACAUCAAGGCUGGCAAUAUAUUGCUGAAUACAGAGGGUCAUGCCAAACUGGCUGAUUUCGGAGUGGCAGGACAACUUACGGACACCAUGGCAAAGCGGAACACAGUCAUAGGGACCCCAUUUUGGAUGGCUCCGGAAGUGAUUCAAGAAAUUGGGUAUAAUUGUGUGGCAGACAUCUGGUCUCUGGGGAUCACUUGUAUAGAAAUGGCUGAAGGCAAACCACCAUAUGCAGAUAUUCAUCCUAUGAGGGCAAUUUUCAUGAUCCCAACCAACCCACCUCCAACAUUCCGGAGGCCAGAGCUCUGGUCAGACGACUUCACUGACUUUGUAAAGCAGUGUCUGGUUAAGAGCCCGGAGCAGCGUGCUACAGCCACACAGCUUCUGCAGCAUCCAUUUGUUAAAAGUGCCAAAGGAGUCUCAAUUCUGCGGGACUUGAUUAACGAAGCCAUGGAUAUCAAGUUGAAAAGGCAAGAGGCACAGCAUCGUGAACUAGAUCAAGAUGAUGAAGAGAAUUCAAAUCCCCCUUAUAGAAACUUUCUACUGCACAAGAGCAACCGACAAAAAGCCAAGGAAGAAGAUGAAACUGAGUCGGGGACCAUGGUGAGGGCGAGUGGAGAUGAAACUGGUACCAUAAGAGCUGUCAGCACACUGAGUGAUGAAGCCAACACAAUGAUAGAACAUGAUGGUGCCUUAGAAUCCCAGCUGGGUACGAUGGUGAUAAACACAGAAGAGGAGGAUGGCACUAUGAAAAGGAGAGAUGAAACUAUUCAGCCAGCCAGACCGUCAUUCCUUGAGUAUUUUGAGCAGAAGGAGAAUCAGAUCACUACCUUUGGGAAGAAUUUCUCUGGCCAGACAAAAAAUUCAUCUGAUUGGAAAGUACCACAGGAUGGAGACUACGAAUUUCUGAAGACUUGGAAUGUCGAUGAACUUCAGAGGAGGCUUUCAUCCCUGGACCCCAUGAUGGAGCAGGAGAUUGAAGAGAUCCGCCAGAAGUACCAGUCAAAGCGUCAGCCAAUUCUCGAUGCCAUCGAGGCCAAGAAGCGGCGGCAGCAGAACUUCUGAGUCAUGGGUAGAACCUUCUUCCAUCCUCAAACAAUCAGCUCCUUGCUUCUAUGACUACUGAACAGAUCGAUUUCUGUUGAAAUACGCUAGCAAAAUAGAGGGCAAUACUUCUGCUCAUUCGUUUUUCCAUAGCACCUUUGUGAACUCAGGAAUGCCAGUAAGUGAAAAGUCCUGGUGGUAUCUUCUAAUGUCAGAUGUGCAGUUAAAGGAAUUUUGUUGCUGGGUGUAGGGGAAUUGUUUUUAAAUCAAAGGAACAGGUAAAAGUAGGGUAAUGAAAGCUUUUGGUUUUUUUAGUGAAUACACAGACUCAGUUUCAAGCUGUUAACUGUAUCUGUUAAGGUACUGAUAAGUUUUAGGUCACUGAAAAGAGGAGGUGAAAACAUCUACAAACUGUUCCAGCCUUUUGAAAGAAACUUAAAUCUCAUUUUUUCACAAAGCCUGUAAUAAGCCCCAUGCCUUACACCGUGUGCUUUAAGCAAGUGUGGUUUGAUGACCUUGGUUUUGUCCCCUUUCUGUGUACUUUCUGAAUCACUAUGCGUAGAUAAAACAUGUUGUGUCUCCGUCAGAAAUUAUGUUCUAUGAUUUCAAAUCCACACUGACUUAAAACUAAGAGCCAGUUGGUGAUCUGUUGAUUGUCUGGAAUUGUCCUUCAGGGAGACCCUGCUGAUACUGGAGUGCUGGGAAAAGGAAACAGUAUUCAAAUGGGUGGAAUUCCUGUGAACCCCUCUCAGGAAUUAGGUACUUCUGCUGUAUCUGCAAGGUCUGAAUCUCUGCAGUUUGUGAAAUGUUUUGUAGGUUUCACUUCAGGUUUAGGCCUGUAGAAGCUUGAGUAAAGACUUCAUUUCACAGUCCUUCACAUUGCCACAAGGUUUGGCACAUCCAAAAAGUUAGACUGAAAGUAAAGGCUUGGUUGAAUUAACAAAGAUAUGCAUUUAUGGUGGGGGAGCAAAGGCAGAGUUGAUCAGAAUGAGAAGGCAAUUGCUAAUGUCUGGAGAGAUUCAGUCUUCUCAAUUCCAGUUCCUCUGGAUCCUCCUGUGUUCUUCCUUUACUUUCUGUUCUGUUUCCUGUCCAUGAUAGCUCAAUCAGCAGAAAAGCCCCAGUGUGUACGUUCACCAUAAGGACAAUGCAGUCAACUCACACCUGCAGAGUGGAGGAUAAAACAGCAGCGGCAAAGACCCUAGUGCAGGCCAGAGAGUGAGCGGUGCCUCUGCCCACUGGGCUGUAACAGCAGAGGUGUGUAGUCCAGGAUGAUGAAAGAUUUGGAUACAGCAAGUAUUUCUACCAAUUUAUUUCUGCUUUGCUCUGGUAGAGGGAUUAAUUUCCAUCUCAUUCUUCCAAAACAGACCUUGGUACACCACCCAGAUAAAUAAACUAAAAAGCAGUGUCUCCUGAAUCAAAUGCUGCUAGAGAGGCGUUCUUUUCACCUCUUGUUUCUCCUUGGAGCAGGCGCUUGGCUGCUGCUGACAGAUGUGCUCCAUUGCUGUGAAAGAAACCAAGCCAUUUUUACCCCUUGGCAGAGCAGGUUGCAUCACUUCAUCUCAGUUUGAUGCACAACAUGAAUAGCACUGUUUGGGGGUGAGCGCAGCAGCUGUCCCUAGAGAAAGGCAGAUAGUGAGCACUGUCCCUGGGGUGAUGAAGGAAGAGAUUGAACUGGGAUAACCAGCUGUUAGAAAGUCUCAAGUUUUGGGAAAGUUUUAAAUUGAGAAAACUGAGUAUUUAAAGGCUUUACUGUUGUCAUUGAGUUAAAAUCCCUUAGUCUGGACUCUCUAGUGAGGCCCAGUGAAGUGCUGAGUGAGCACCAGGGCUCAUGCAGUGCUCACCUGCAAUCUGUGCAAUACCUUUUGCUCUAAAUGUGUUUAAUAUGAGCAAUACUCACGAGCAUCCUUUGCAUCAAAGAAACUCCUUCUACUUAGAAAGAAGUUCUCCAGUCAGGUGUUGGAUCUUGAAUGGAUCUGGCCUAGCACCUCUGGUGUGACAGAAAUGUGGGUAUGUGUCGUGGUAAAUUUUGCACUGCUUGUGGUGUGGACUGGGCAGAUUUUACCUCUGUGCUGUCUAGGUAACUUUCUAGUGAUUAGAGGGCAUUAGAAAACCCAAGUUUUAGGUGAAACACCACAGAGUGGUGUCUAUUACAGAAUAUGCAACCUGUGACUGCUGUAACUGAAUGUAAGCACUCUUGAAAUCCUCCUCUUUGCUGAUCUGGGUGUCUUAAAAUAAAGCAAAUGAACCAAAACAGGUAAAACUGGUCCAAUGGCUUAACUGCCUCUGAACCUUUGUUAAAUGCUUGCAGUGGCAGAGACUUGAGGUUUCUCUCACCUGGAGCUGGAAUGCAGAGGGAUUACUUUCUGUUUCACUGUUUUUUCAGUCUGUUGGAGAAAAUAAUUCCCUUUUUGUUCCCCUAAGGGAAAAGUUUGUUUACUUGUGAGGCUGCAUUUGUGGACUCCUUAAGUCCAUCUGCAUCGCUGAAAGUGUUCUGGACCAACCAUUACCUUUGCUUCUACCCAGACAUACUGAUGUUAUGUCAGUCAUUUGAGUCUUAAAAAUGUGAAGUUUGCAGCUUUAACUUCUUUUGGUAGCAAAGAAAUUAGCAACACUGGCAUAAAGUGCUGAAAUGCUUGAAAGGCUUGAAAUGCUAUUUUGUAACAUCUGGCUGUUUGUAUAUAAUAGUGUUGGGUCCUUAGUUUGUAUAUGUAUGAAAUAGUAACUUUUACUGCGUUCCUCUGAGUUUGAUACGGGAGAUUUUGGUUGAUCUUUCUCAAAUACCUUGCCUUAUUCAUUCAAAGGGACAAAUAAACUGUCCUUACCUGAAA